AUGCCGGCUGAGAGGCGCUCCUUGAGAUCAAACAACAAGUCGGAUACCUCGUCCUCUGCUAACGGUGAGAAGACUCGUUCUGGUUCCCAGAGCUCCAGCUCCAACAAGGAUAAGCCGGCGCCUACUCGCGCCGCUGCCAACAAGGCCAAGUCCACGAAGGCUGCCUCUUCAAACACCACCUCAGACUCCGGCAUGGGAGAACAGCGAGACCAGCCGCAUACCAACGGCACCGAUCCGACAAAGAAUGGCGUGAAUGGCUCUGAAGAUGUCGAGAUGGAAGAGGAUACGGCAGUGCCUCCUACCAAGGGCUCGAGGAAACCCGGCGACAAAGGCCAGGACCAGGAAGGCGAUGUAGCCAUGGAGGGCGUUGAGGGCGAGGAGCCUGAGUCAGAGAUCGAUCCCAAGGCCAAGGCUAUCCAAGAUAUCAAGACAAACUUCACCCUUCUCGAACGAGCCGUCGCCCAUUUCGAUCCGAGAUUUACGCUACGCGUUCUGAGAUCGAUAUCUUCGAUGCGCAAGCAGAUUACUUCGGACGUGCUUGCUGAAGUUAUUGUGGAUGCCUAUCCGAAAUCAAGUCCCACCGCUUCGUUCUUGCUGGAUGCGGUUGAUCAAGCUGGGGCCUUUGAGAGCGUCAGUAGCUCAAAGAUGGAAGUUGACACCGAUAAGACCAAGUCCGCUUCAAAGGAGAUGCUUCCCGAGAUUGACGUAUAUCUGUCCAUCUUGGUUCAGAUCUACCUAUAUGAUCGGAAGGACAUUGAGGGUGGCGCCAAGUUCUCGACCGGCCUGAUUGAACGACUACGAUCUCUUAACCGCCGUACCCUCGACUCGCUUGCUGCUCGCGCGUACUUCUAUUACUCCCUCUUCUUCGAGCAAAUUGCUCCACUUCCUCCUUCUCCCGCUGCCACCGUGACUACAAUCCGCCAACCGCUUCUUGCAGCUUUGCGAACCGCAGUUUUGCGUAAGGAUGUGGACACUCAAGCUACCGUAAUGACACUGCUCCUCCGCAACUACUUGUCGACCUCGCACAUUUCACAAGCCGAUCUGCUGAUUUCGCACAACCACUUCCCUCCAUCCGCAUCAAACAACCAGAUCGCUCGUUACCUAUAUUACUUGGGUCGCAUCCGGACCAUCCAAUUGCAGUAUACUGAGGCUCAUGGGCACCUGAUUGGCGCAACUCGAAAAUCGCCUUCGAGCCACAGCGCACGUGGGUUCUACCAGGCUUCUCACAAGCUACUCGUCGUUGUUGAGUUGUUGAUGGGUGACAUCCCCGACCGUGCGAUUUUCCGACAGGCGGCCCUUGAGCGAGCUCUGCACCCUUACUUCCUGCUCGUUCAGGCCGUGAGUGUGGGUGAUCUUGACGGAUUCCUAAACAUCGUAAAUACCCACAGCGCAACUUUCCGGAAGGACGGCACAUACACUCUCAUCCUACGCCUGAGGCAAAAUGUGAUCAAGACGGGCAUCCGUAUGAUGUCGCUCUCUUACUCCCGCAUCUCGCUUCGGGACAUCUGCCUGCGCCUCGGACUGGACAGCGAAGAGUCGGCUGAAUACAUCGUCGCCAAGGCAAUCCGAGACGGUGUGAUCGAGGCAACCCUAGAUCAUGAACGAGGGUUCAUGAAGAGCAAGGAGGUUGGAGAUAUAUAUGCUACUAGAGAGCCCGGCGAGGUUUUCCAUGAGCGUAUCAGGGCAUGCUUAGGUCUUCAUGACGAGAGCGUCAAGGCCAUGAGGUUUCCAAUGAACCAGCAUCGUCUCGAGCUGAAGAGUGCGCAGGAGGCAAGGGAACGUGAGCGAGAACUGGCGAAGGAGAUUCAGGAAGGAGACAUAGACGACGAGGACGCUGGCGGCGACUUUGAUGCCAUUUAA